AUCCCAACCUCUCCUGUCAAAGCGCGGAACAUUGCAACGCCGCGGCCUCGGUCAUCAAGCUCGAUCCGAACGCAAAACUUCGUCGCUAAAGACCGCCCCGGAAGAUAACGGGCGCCGGUCUUUUUCCAUCUCAGAAAUACAAGGUCAAGUGCUGGUUGUCCGAACCAAGUCGUUGUUACAUGGAGAUCAUGAGUAGUGUAAUGAUCACUCCGUUGCAUUAUGACAGCUUCAAUUAAUGGGGUAUUGCCACAAGAGGGAUAACAUGUAGUAUGCAAGCCGAGUCAACGAAGGGGGAAAAAAAGAAAGAUGAAUGAAUCAAUUAGAUCUUCAAAUCUGGGGAACAACCUGUCACGAGCCAAGAAACUCUUGCGAUGUCAAAACCAAACCCCAAUCAACAACUCGUGAAAGAUAAUAUUAUCUUCCUCUGUGAAUGCACCUGCUCUGCUUCCUCCUGUAUCCCAUAUAUACGCAAGUGCCCUUCGUCGAGAGAGAGGUGCCAAUUCAAGAUCUCUCACUGAGCCUACCCUACCUUCUUCAAUCUCGCGACGCAGAUCAGAGAUGGCGACUCCCAGAUCACUGACUUGCUUUGUCCUAGCGGCAUUGCUGAUAGAACUAGCCGCGGCAGCUAGCUACACAGUCGGAGGCCCGAACGGUGGGUGGGACACGACUACUGAUGUCCAGACGUGGGCAUCAUCUCAGAAGUUCUUGAUAGGAGAUACUCUGGUCUUUCAGUACGCACCAAGCCACGAUGUCACCGAAGUCACCAAGGCAGACUAUGACUCUUGCCAAGCAACCAGCCCGAUCAAAACAAGCACUGGUGGCUCCAGCACCGUUUCGCUCACAUCUCCGGGCAAGAGAUACUUCAUUUGCUCUACCCCGGGACACUGCGCCGGAGGAAUGAAGCUCGAAGUAGACACCCUCGCAGCCACUUCAACCCCACCGGCAGCCACUCCCGCCACCCCUCCAGCCGCAUCUCCUUCCUCCCCUCCAGCCGCAUCUCCUUCCACCCCUCCACCGAGAUCCCCAGCUGCUUCCCCGCCGUCAAAAUCUCCAGCAGCCUCUCCUCCAGCAGAAUCUCCGGCCAGGUCUCCAAGUUCCGCUCUGGCUCCUAAAGCAGCCGUACCCUCACCAGCAGCAAUGCCAGGAUCGGCUCCUCCAAGCGAAACUCCCGCAGAAGCAGCUCCUCCGAGUGGAAGUGCCGCAGAAUCGCCCAAGUCAUCGGCCAAUAGAGUAAGUUUGACUUUUACUUUGGCAAUGGGAGUAUGCUUUGGAGUCGUGAGCCUACUGGCUGUGUAAGGAGCUAAACAUUCUUGUGUGAUUCUUUUAGAUCCCUGUAUUUGAUGAAAUCUUUUGUAUCUUCCGUCACAUACUUCCGGUGCGUUUGAGAAGUCAUUUAUGCUUUUCAGAGCAGAGAAGCGAUCGUGAUUCAUGACCCAAUAAUAAAAUUAGACAGGCAGCGUUUACAUA